AUGGGUUUUCUAAAAAUUGGAACGCCAUUAAGCUGGGAUGAUGUACAAGAUGUGAAAUCUUUAAUUAGAUUAUAUGGUAUAUUACAGUUUGUACAUGUAUAUAAAUUAAAUAAAGACCGUUAUGAUGAAAAUAUAAUGUUUGGUGAUGAGAUUGAAUAUAUAAUAAUAAGAAAUGAUGAAAACUUAAAAGAAUCGUCUGCCUUAUUAUGUGCUUCUGAUUUAAUAGAUGAAAUGAUGAAUUUAGAAAGUAUUAUUGACUGUCAAUAUGGUUCACAUUGGACUCCAGAAUAUUCUUCUUUUACCAUAGAAGGUACUCCAUCAGUACCAUUUAAAUUAGAUAUUAAUUCUUCAUGUUUUGUUGAAGAUUGUAUGAGAAUUAGAAGAAGUAAAUUAAAUAAUGUUCUUAGUGCCGUUCAAGGAGCUAGAGCUAUUACACUUCCUUGUUUUCCUAAUGUUCUUUUAAAUAAUAGUGUUCUUAUGGCUAGAAGAAUUACUGGUCAUGAAAGUAUAAAAAAGAAAUUUGAUUCAAAAGGAAAAGUCGAAUUUAUAGAAAAUGCGACGGUUAAACAAAACGUUCAUAAUUCAAAUAAUAAUAUACCCAAAAUAAUUAAUAAUAAAAACAAUGAAUCUAAAAUUGUUCAUAAUGCAUUUGAUCAAAAUAAAAUCUCUUCUAUUGAAAUGGUAUCCUAUGAGAUGGAUGAAAAUAAAUCAACCAAUUUUGUUAAUUCAGAUACAGCAUUUGCAAAAAUUGACGAAGAAGGGGAAGCAGAAGUAGAAGAAGUAGAAGAAGAAGACGAAAAGGAAAAGGAACAACAACAAAAAAAACAACAACAACAAAAACAAAAACAAUACCAAUCGGAUUUACAACAACAAUACCAAUCGGAUUCACAACAACAAUACCAAUCGGAUUCACAACAACAAUACCAAUCGGAUUUACAACAACAAUACCAAUCGGAUUUACAACAACAAUACCAAUCGGAUUCACAACAACAAGAUGUACAACCAAAACAACGUCAGCAAAUGAUACAAUAUGUCUAUGAUGAUGAAACAGAAAAUAAACAUAAAGAAAAGGAUAAUACACCAAGAAGUUGUAAUGAUUACAAUAAUGUUAAUGAUAGUCCAAAUACACAAGAUAUAUUUAUUAGUUCAUUAAAAAAAACAGAUUCACAUUUCGAAUGUGAAGUUUUUAAACCUGAACAAACAAAUAACUAUAGUAAAAGUGCACUUAUUACAGAUAUGACUAUAAGUCCUCAUGCCAGAUAUGUUACCUUAACACAAAAUAUAAGAAAACGAAGAGGAACCAAAAUUGUAUCCUUUAAUCCUAUAUAUAAAGAUAUUCAUACCGAAAAAAUGGAUCACUGGAAAAUGUCACUUGAUUGUAAUGAUAAAAGACUUUUUAAAAAAGUUAAGAAAAAACGCACAUUAGAUGAACACCUAAUAUGGAAUAAAUCUAUGACAAACAAAAAGAUUAUAGAUAGUAGAAAAAAUAACAAUCCAAGGGAUGACCUACUAAACAUGUCUAAUAAUUUUACAUUAUCUAUGACAAAUAAAGAACAAAAUAAUAAAGAAAAUACCCUUAUGGAUAGGGUUUUGAAAAAUAGUUUAUUUGCAAAUAUGGAUGAUGAAGGUGAUUAUAUUUAUGUUUAUAAUAGAGAAUUUAUACAAGAAUAUUCAGAAAAAUGUAAAAAUCCAAUUAAGAAUUAUGUUUAUUUAGAUGCUAUGUUUUUUGGUAUGAGUAUGUGUUGUCAACAAUUAACCAUGUCUUUUCCAACUGUUGAUGAUGCCAAAUAUGUGUAUGAUCAACUAGCCGUUAUUGCACCACUUUUCCUUGCUCUCACUGCAUGUACUCCAUAUUUAGGUGGGUUUCUAACUGAAACAGAUACAAGAUGGAGAGUAAUAUCUAACAGUGUCGAUUGUAGAACGGAAGAAGAAUUAUCAUAUAUAUGUAAACCAAGAUAUUCAGGAAUAUCCUUAUAUAUAUCCAAUGAGUUGCCCUUAAAAAGAAAUUACUAUUUUUAUAACGAUGUAGAUGUAAUACUUGACAAAAAUGUCUAUGACAAAUUGAAAAAGGAAAACGUGGAUGAAUAUUUAGCCAGACAUAUAGCAUCUUUAUUUGUGAGAGAUCCAAUUGUUGUUUUUGAAGGUUCAUAUAGUGAACGUGACAUUGCUACAAUUCAGAAGAAAAUAAUGGAAUUGUCAAACGAUGAAGAUAAAAUUAAAGGUAAGGUAGAAGGGUCAUCAUCAAAUAGUUUGUCAUCAAAUGUUUUGUUAGACCAUGAUGUUAGGAAUAAAAAUGACAGUAGUAUUAAAGAAAUGAAUAAAUCUAAUGAUAAUAACAAUAGCAAUAAUUGCCAUAUUGAAUAUAAUAAUAAAAAAGAUAUAAACAUGAAUAAGAUAUAUUUAAGUGAUAAUUUUGAAUUUAUAGAAGAUUAUGAAGAAAAGGUUUUAUCAUCUCAUCAACAUUUUGAAAAUUUUCAAAGUACCAAUUGGAACAGUGUACGUUUUAAGCCACCUCCAAUUCUUGAUAAUCAUUUUAAAGGACCUAGUUCAGUUGGAUGGAGAGUUGAAUUUAGAACACCUGAUAUUCAAAUUACCGAUUUUGAGAAUUCUUGUGUUGUUACAUUAGUUAUGUUAUUAUCUAAAUUUAUAUUAAAAGAAAGAUUAAAUUUAUAUAUUCCUAUGUCAUUGUUAGAAGAAAAUUUAUUUAGAGCAUCCAAAAGAGAAGCUUUAACAAAAGAAAAAUUUUAUUUCCGUAAGGAUCUAAGUUAUGAUACCUUGGAUAAUGAAUUUGAAGAAAAAAGUAUAUAUGAUAUAUUUUUUAAUGAAACGAAUGGAUUGUUUUUCUUAUGUUACAAAUAUGUGGAGGAACUAUUUAAAGAAGGAUUAUUAAAUCAAUCAGCUAAAAAUAAAAUAGAUGAAUAUAUUGAAUUCGUUAAACAAAGAUGUAGUGGAAAAAUAUCUACAGGUGCUAUGUAUUUAAGAAAUUUUAUAUUAAAUCAUCCAGCUUAUGAAAAAAAUUCUUAUAUUAACAGUAAAAUUAAUUAUGAUAUAUGUAAAUUAAUAGCUGAUAUUGGAAAGGGAUUAAUCAUACCACAAGAAUUAUUAGGUGUUUUUGUCGAUCCAUAUAAAGAAAGGAUAAAAAGUGAUAUAAGGCAAAUUAAUGAAAGUCAAUACCUGAAGUCCUUGGCAUAUAAAUAUAUUUCAGGAGAGGAUUAUACGCAAUACUUGCUUCUUAAUGAAGUACUAAAGGAUGACCAGGAUUAUUGUACAUGUACCAGACGUACAAUUUAUGAGGAAUCUAUGGAUAAUACAGUGGAGUUUGCAAAAAAAAUGUACGAACUGAGUGCAUAA